AACUCAAAACGUAUCGCUACCAAGAGCGACUGGCACUUCAUUGAGUUACGGACUGCAAUCUGGUGUGCGUCGAUUCCACAUCGGUUCCACUCACUCAUUUUCCACGCGUUUUCAAAUUUUUCUCAAAAAAAACAACACCGCGUCCCUUCCCCUUCAAAAAAAAAAAUAAUUUCCACAUUUUUUUUCAAAAAAUCCCCCCCUCCCAAAAGUGCAAUUGUCUCCUGAAAAAGUAACAAUAACAACAGUGAAAUUAUUAUUCAAGUGAAAAAAAAGUGUGAAAAAAAAUUCAAUUUUUUUUCAAAAAUUUUUAUAUAUUCUCAAAGUGUGACGGAUAUUUUUCAAAAAAAAUCUCAAAAAUAGAUUUUUCUGUUCAUAAAUAAAAUCUGUGGAAAGUAGAAAAAAACUACAAUAACAGUGCUUUUUUGAAAAAAAAAAAUAAAUGUGAUUUGAUUGUUGACAAUUUUUCCAAACCUGGAUUCUAAAUUUUUCACGUGUGUGCGUUGUUUCGCGCUUCUUUUAAUGCCCACGUGACUUUGAAAAAGCACCAUAAUUUUUUGUUUGACAAUUUUUUAUCAAAAUUCUCGGUGUUAUUUUUAUUGUGAUAAACUGUAAUAAGGAAAGAGGGAAAAAUAGAGAAUUUUUGUAAAAGAAAAAUAAAGUGAAGUUCAAGGGUAAAAUAUUUGCAAGUGAAUAAAUCGAAAAAAGUAAAGCGCGUGUUCGUGUCUUCUGAACGCACAUGACAAUUGAAUAUAUAUGUAUAGUGAACAGUCAAGUUCCGCGCACGAUUUUCGCAAAAGAACGUGGGAAUCUUAAUUGGAAUUCCAUUGUCGAAGACAACGGAUUCUCAUCUUUUUAAUUUUUCAAACAAGGUGAAUGAAAAGAAUGAUGAUCAUCAUCAUCAUUGUUUAAAUACCUCCAGUAAUCGUGAAAUGAAUGAACAUUCACAAACGUCAGCAAUUUAUAGUUGAUUUUAACAAGAAGGAGAAAAGAAGAAUAUGAUUUAUUCUAAACGGAACGAAAAAUAUUGUGAUAGUGAAGUGAGAAAUAAAUAAAUAAAAAAAAGGUGGGAUUUAAAAAAGAAAAAUCCCCCAAAAAAAAGUUCAUAAAAAAAAGUUGGAUAUACGUAUUCAUGUAUUAGAAAGUGUUGUAAGUAAUUCUAAAUGGGUCAAGACAAAGACAAUUUGUCAAAUUUAAAAAAUCAAUUAAAAAAAGAUAGGUCAUCACCAAAUUGUGCGCGUUGCCGUAAUCACGGAUUGACAAUUAAACUCAAAGAUCAUAAGAAAUUUUGUCGAUAUAAAAUUUGCAAGUGUGAAAAGUGCAUUAUUCUUAAGGAUCGACAACGUAUAAUGGCACGUCAAAUUGCAUUAGUGAGAGAUCAAAAAUCAAUAAUGAAACACGAAUUACAACCAGGAGAGCAGGUGGGUUAUGAUGUCAUAGAUCAUGAUGUAUUUAUCUCUCUACCAUCGGGAAGAAAAAGGAGUAAAAAAUUUUGCGAUGGCAGCAGUGUUAAUUCAUCUAUAAGUGAUCAUGACUCUUUAGGACCGAGCAGUGUAACUGGUGAUGACAGAAUUCCGUCCACGAGUGCAAUAUCAACAUCAGCUUCAACACCUCAAAAUUCGCCCAGUCCAAGUAACGUUGGAAUUGAAAUGCUUCUCACGCACGGUGUGGAAUUUUUCAAGCAUUUUGGGUUUUCCUGGGACGCACUACAUUUGACGUUAAUGUACGUUAUAAUAAAAGACUCGAAUGUAAACAUGAAAGAAACGAUAAUGAGGAUCGUGAACGCAAGAAAGGAUAUUAUGGAAUUCUCACAAAGAAUGCAUCACAACAAUGCAGAUUUGCUGCGUGAAUUGAAGCCAGAGUUCCUGAGGGAUGUUAAACCAGAUUUAUUGCAUACGUUCAAGCCAGAACAAUAUCCAAUGAAGUCCGAAGUACCUUUUCAAUUUAAACCGGAAUUAUUGCGACAAAUAAAGCUGGAACAAUAUUCAAUGAAGUCCGAUGUACCUUUUCAACUUAAACCGGAAUUAUUGCGUCAAAUAAAGCCGGAACAAUAUUCAAUGAAGUCCGAUGUACCUUUUCAAUAUAAACCGGAAUUAUUGUGUCAAAUAAAGCCGGAACAAUAUCCAUCAAAAUCGACAAUGCCCUAUCAGAUAAAACCAGACUUAUUAUGCCAAGUGAAACCGGAAUUACAACACUCCUGUUUCAAUACGCCAUUCAAGACACUUGGUGCACCAACGUAUGUUGAUCGUGUUCCACUUAUCGGUGGAAUUCCACCAGGUUAUCCAACUUUCUUAGAUCUUCAUUCGAGGCUGUUUAAUACACAUUUUAAAAUUCCGUCGAAUAUUGAUUGUCUUCCGGAAUCUUCCACCACAUAACCCUGAUUGACCUAAAGAAAAGUAACUUCACGCAUGGAGACUGAAAGUGGCUGAUUCCAAAGAAGAAAAUCGAACCGAAUUAAAAGAAAAAAAAAAGUUGAAGAGCGAUUUUGGCAACAAAAGCCAGAAAUUCUUUGUUGUUCGACUAAUUUCAUUUGUCAGCAAAUUUGCUACGUAUUUUCUAUCGAUCUGUUCUCGACAAAAUAAUUUUUGUUUUUAGAAAAUUCGGCCACGAUCUUCAAAAAAAAAAAAAAAUGUUUUUAAAAUUAUAAUUAUUGUUAAUAUUGUUAAUCGGAAAAAACGAGCCAGCGAUUUAUUCAAAUCUCUCAAAAUCAAAAUCCAAUGGGAAAAUUCGAUACUAAAAUUCUUCUUGUUAAUAAAAUAGAAAUAGAAAAAAACGGAACAAAAUUAAAGUGUGGAAAAUUUUUUUUAUGUAAAAAAAAUGUUAAUCAAAAGAAUAAAACAAGAAAAACGUGUCUUGAAUUUGAAAAUAUUUGCAAUUUGUCAUAUUUACAAUUUCGCUGUCACUCUUGCUUUAAAAAAAAAAAAUGAAAAUUAAGUAAACAAAAUGUUUCAUAAAACGAA